AUGAAGAUUAGUAAUCUGUUGUUUCUCACCACAUCCCUUUUACUCCAUGGCUUGUCAAGUGGAUUUGCGCCGUCCAUAGCGCCAUUGGCAGCUCGCAAAGUCGUGUUGACAUCAAGAUCGUUUCAGGCACUGAAAGUUGGAAAAAGUGUUGAUGAUAACAAGGCGACAAGCGUAGCGGAGGAUUCCGUCGGUAAAGCUUUUGAAUCGAUAGAGAGCAAGUUUCUAGGGCAGCCGAUUCCCUACAGCGAUCUCACUAUUGGCGUUUUGAAGGAAACUUUCAAAGGCGAGAACAGAGUAUCGCAGACUCCGGAUUCUGUUCAAUCGCUGGUCAAGGCUGGUUUCACCGUCAUUGUCGAAGCCGGAGCAGGGGAAAAAGCUUCUUUUGGAGACGCUGCCUAUGUUGGUGCUGGCGCUCUGGUGUUGUCACGAGAACAGGUAUUUCAAGACUCAGAUAUCAUUUCCAAAAUCCGACCUCCGAAUGAAGAAGAAGUGCCAAAACUAGAAGGAAAAACUUUGGUUGGCUUGCUUAGCCCUUCCAUCAAUCCAGAGCUCUAUCAGGAGUUGGUAGACCAAAAUACGAACAUUUUUGCACUCGAUUGCGUUCCUCGCCUGUUGAGUCGAGGGCAAACCUUCGAUACUCUAUCAAGUCAAGCAAAUAUUGCUGGAUACCGAGCUGUAGUUGAAGCUGCCGAGGCCUUUCCACGAUUCUUUGCUGGUCAAAUGACUGCAGCAGGAAAGGUUCCUCCUGCAAAAGUUCUUGUCCUCGGUGCUGGGGUUGCAGGGCUUGCAGCUAUUCAAACUGCAAAGAAUAUGGGGGCAAUUGUUCGAGCUUUCGAUGUUCGACCUGUCACCAAAGAGCAAGUGGAAUCAAUGGGUGCAACUUUUCUGGAGGUGGAUAUUGAUGAAGACGGAAGUGGCGGAGGAGGAUAUGCCAAGGAAAUGUCGGACAACUACAAGAAAGCUCAAGCAGCUAUGAUGCUACAACAAGCGAAAGACGUUGAUAUUAUCAUUACAACUGCAUUGAUUCCUGGUAGAAAAGCACCCAUCCUGGUGAACGAAGAAAUGCUCAAUGCAAUGAGACCGGGUUCAGUAUGCGUCGAUUUGGCCGCUGCCAAUGGUGGAAAUGUGGCUCAGACAGUUGCGGAUGAAGUGAUUACUACGUCAAAUGGUGUCAAAAUCGUUGGAUACACUGAUCUUCCGUCACGAUUGGCUAGUACAGCAAGCACACUGUUUGCAAACAACGUCGCAAAAUUCAUCUUGAGCAUCGGGCCUCAAACUACCAAGGAGAAGGGAAUGUUUCAAGUUGAUCUCAAAGAUGAUGCAGUGCAAAAUAUGCUAAUUGCAUACAACGGAGAGGCUAGAUGGCCAGACAAAAUCAUUCCAUUCUCACCACCUCCGCCACCAAAAGCUGAGACUGUUGAGGUUGAGGUUCUGACACCUGGACAGGAGAAGGCACUCCUCGACAAAAACAGCAAGGAAGAAUACAUUCAAAAUUCGAUGUAUGCCAGCAUUGCAGCCAUGGCAUUGAUAGCAUUUGGAUUGAAUGGAGAGUCCGAAUCUUCUGUCAACAUGCUUACAGCCUUUGCACUUGCAGGGCUUGCCGGCUAUCAGGUUGUAUGGGGUGUAGCGCCCGCUCUUCACUCUCCUCUUAUGGCUGUGACUAACGCAAUCUCUGGUUUGACGGCACUCGGCGGCAUGAUUCUAUUGGGUCAUGCAUCUAGCGAUACUACGGGUUUGAUUCCAGAUUCUGCAGCGCAUUGGAUGGGAGCGAUCGCAACUCUUUUGAGUUUCAUCAAUAUCUCUGGAGGCUUCCUUAUCAGUGGGAAAAUGCUUGAUCUAUUUCGCCGUCCCGAAGAUCCAAAGGAAUACUUCGAGUUCUACUUGGUUCCAGUUGCCAUGAUCCUUACUGGCAUGGCAGUAGCUGUAUUUUCACCGAUUGGGGACCUUGGAGUUAUGUCGGGUACGGUUGAAAUUGCCGCGUCUAUCCUUUGUAUUUCUGCCAUCGCUGGAUUAGCGAAUCAAAAAACCGCGAGAACUGGAAACGUGCUAGGACUGACAGGUGUUGGGUUAGGUCUUGCAGCCACUGCGUCGGAUAUGGCACUAUCAGGCGCUUCUACAGCUUCUUUUGCUCAAGCUGGAGUCAUGGGAGGUGUUGGAGCAGCCGUUGGUGCUGCACUAGCAUCCAAAGUUGGACCUACGGAGCUCCCCCAGACUGUAGCUGCUUUCCACUCGUUGGUGGGAUUGGCAGCAAUGGCUGGCGCAGCAGGCGAGUUCUUGGGAAACCCCAACUUGGAUGGAGGAGUUCUGGCUACUAUCUAUCUAGCCACACUGAUCGGUGGGGUCACGUUCAGUGGCUCCCUAGUUGCCUUUGGCAAGCUUGCAGGCAUGAUGAGCUCCAAAGCACUGAGCCUUCCAGGACGUGACUUGAUCAACCUGGGUAUGCUGGCUAUUUGCGCAACUGGAUUUGCGACUUUCUUGGACCCUUCUCUUGCAAGCGGAGCAUUGGAUAUGGAUCCAGCUUCUGUCCAGCUUGCUUCCUUGGGACUCGUGGGCGCUACAUCCUCCAUCCUCGGAUAUCAUCUCACAGCAAGCAUCGGAGGUGCAGAUAUGCCAGUCGUAAUCACCGUUCUAAACUCUUAUUCGGGCUGGGCUUUGGCUGCUGAGGGUUUCUUGUUGGACUACCCGCUCUUGGCCCAGGUGGGCGCGCUCAUUGGUUUUUCUGGAGCUAUUUUGACUUGGAUCAUGUGCGAAGCCAUGGGACGCGAUAUCUUGAAUGUUAUCCUUGGUGGCGCAGGAACACCCCAACCUUCCGCUUUGCAAGGAGAGGCAGCGGUCAUUGAAGGCGAGAUCACUACGACAAAUGUGGACCUCGUCGCGGAAGCCUUGAGAGAAGCAAGGAAUAUCAUCAUCGCUCCUGGCUAUGGUCUUGCUGUUGCUCAAGGGCAAUUUGCUAUUGCAGAUAUUGCAAAGAAGUUGAAAGCAAUGGGCAAAAAUGUCCGCUUUGGAAUCCAUCCUGUUGCAGGACGAAUGCCUGGGCAGCUGAAUGUAUUACUCGCAGAAGCUGGAGUACCAUAUGACAUGGUGUUUGAAAUGGAGGAAAUCAAUGAGGACUUUGAAGAUACGGAUGUCACUCUUGUAAUUGGUGCAUCUGACACUGUGAGUAGCGCGGCAGAGGAUGAUCCAAGUUGUUCAAUCUAUGGCAUGCCAGUCUUGCGUGUUUGGAAAAGUGGCCAAGUCUUCGUCUUUAAGCGAUCGAUCGGAAAUACAGGGUAUGCAGGCAUGCAAAACCCAAUUCUUUUCAAGGAUAAUGCAGAUGUUCUAUUGGGAGACGCCAAAGAAACGUGCGAGGCGCUUCGUGCUGCUGUCGACAGCAUGUAG